UCCCCAAUCACAAGGCGCCGGCGAGUGAGCGCGCUGCGGUGUGGGAGCGGUGGUGUGUGUUCUGGGCUGUGGUGCUGAAUGGAGUGUUGUGCGCGAUAGUUGCAUGAUAUAAUUGUUAUAUGCAUUUUGUUCCAAUAGUCAUGGCGUCGUCGGACGUGCUUGGUGGCAUGGAGAUCAAGCCUGAACUAAAGGAAGUGGAGAUCGAGUCGAUUCCGGUUGAAAUGCCAGUGGAUUCCGUUGAGAGCAUUCAACUAAUUGCUCGUCCCUCCCUGCACGAGCCAGGUGGUGAAGAUAUUUUUCUUCAGACACAUGAAGAAAUUGUAGGUGAUGGCGCUGAGGACCUUAAUUACGACAUACAGGUUCCCACUGAGGCUGAAUUGGACCUGGACUACGGCACAACCAAUUUUUCAAAGAGAAGUGUUAGUGCUCGCCGCCGGCAAACAACCCUCAAGGCUACCCGAUGCAAAAAUGAUUAUGCGUAUGCUGAAGGCUCUUCCAAAAAAUGGGAGCAAAAACAAGUUCAGAUCAAGACAUUAGAAGGAGAGUUCAGCGUAACAAUGUGGUCUUCAGGCGCUGAUGAUGAUGAGUGCUCCCGGGAUCCUCUGUCGGUGGAUGAUGCCAGCACACCAGAGCCUGACCCAGACUACACUGAGUACAUGAUGGGCAAGAAGAUCCCCGCUGAGGGCAUCCCUGGCCUGGACCUCUCCGACCCCAAGCAGCUGGCAGAGUUUGCCCGCAUCAAGCCCAAAAAGCAGACCGAUGAUGCCCCACGCACCAUCGCCUGUCCUCACAAGGGGUGCUCCAAGAUGUUCCGCGACAACUCUGCCAUGCGGAAGCACCUGCAUACGCACGGGCCGCGCGUGCACGUGUGCGCCGAGUGCGGCAAGGCGUUCGUGGAGAGCUCCAAGCUGAAGCGGCACCAGCUGGUGCAUACCGGCGAGAAGCCGUUCCAGUGUACGUUCGAAGGGUGCGGGAAGCGGUUCUCGCUGGACUUCAACCUUCGAACCCACGUGCGGAUCCACACGGGCGACCGGCCUUACGUCUGUCCAUUCGACGGCUGCAGCAAAAAGUUCGCCCAGUCGACCAACCUCAAGUCGCAUAUACUCACUCACGCCAAAGCCAACGGCCGGAACAACCAGAACCGACAGACCAUGGAUACAAUGGCCCAUAUGUCGGACAUGGAUGACUCGGCACACUACGUGCCGGUGGUGUACAGCGAGUGAACGAGCCUCUGCCGACAGGGGCGCGUGUGGGCCGACGGCCGCCCCGCCCGUACAAUGACAAUAGUACGCCGCCCGCUCGGCGCUGGGACCGAAAUGGACGCGAAAGCCGAGCGCUGUGGACUUGGCUGGCCGGGUGAGGCUCUUUUAGGCAGCCCCCGGCGUGCACGUGGUCGUUUUUGUAUGACUGUUGCUUUUCGUCUCGCGUCGCGGCCCACUAGCUCGCUCGCUGAGUGCGCGGUGAUUUUCCAAGCCGCAGAGUGAACUUCGGAGCGCCGGGAGAGUAGUGACGCGUGAGUGUGACGGUCGUCGUUCUACGCAUCGUCACGGACCAGCCAGCUGCGGCAAACGGUGACGUCGGCCACGGACAGUGAUAGCCGCCGUCGACAUUGACGGCGCGCGAGGUACAAACGCGGCGCGCUGGGACCGGGCUCCAGUGAUACAUGGCCUGAGGGCGCCCUCCUUAUCCCCCGCUCGCCCUACAGUGUACAAUACAGUGACUGCGUAACA